AUGGGGCACUAUCUCCAUGCCAUCUGGCAGAGGCCGGAGACGCCUCUCUGGCUCGCGGCUGCUCUCUUUGUCGUUGGCUUCACUGCCAUCUACCGCCUCCUCUUCAGCGACCGUUCGUUGCCCGACCUCGCCAUCGUGGGCGCCAAGCCCAACGAGUGGUUCCCCUUGCAACGCGCACGAUGGCGCAACACAGUCGACAUGAAGACCGCCACGGUGCAAGCUUACGAGUCCCGUGAUCGUGCUUGCAUCUUUCCCAUCGGAGCUUCUCAGGUCUUGGUACAUCUGCCUCACAAAGAGCUUCAGUGGCUGGCCGAGCGCCCAGACUCCGAUGUCAACGUGCUGGCUCAAAUCAUCGAUAUGCUGCAGCUCGACUACACCGUCAUGGACCCAGGUCUCGUUCAUCGACCCAGCCACAUUCCUCUCAUCGCUGGCGCCUUGACCAGGGAGACUGGCAAUCUGGUCCCGGAGCUACUAGAUGAAAUCGAACACAGCGUAUCCGAAGCUUGGGGAACUGAUACGCAAGCAUUCAAAGAAAUUGCCGUCUAUCCCUCGAUGACCAAGGUAGUUGGCCAGACCACCAACCGCGCAUUCGUGGGACUUCCGUAUUGUCGCGACCCUGCUCUUCUCGAAGCGGCCAUCUCGUUCGCACAAGGCAUUCCAGUAGCUGCAGCACUUCUGCACUCCCUUCCCGCCCCCCUUCGUCCACUGUUGGCUCCGUUCAUCACCUUGCCAAAUCGGAUUAAUACCAAUAGAUUCUUCCGAAUUUUGAGGUCAGACAUCAAACAACGACAGGCAAGAUUGAGCAGCCAACCAACUGGUACUGCCGAAAAGGGUCGCAACGACUUCCUGGAGUGGUCCGUCAAACAGGCUCAAACGCUUGACGAUCCGUACUUUGGCAAACCAGAUACCCUGGCUGGACGCAUUUUGAUUGUGAACUUCACUUCAAUCCACACCACGUCCUUUGCCAUCACUCACGCUAUUCUCGAUCUUGCUGCAGGUAAACAGGAGUACAUUGAUGAGUUGCGAGAAGAGAUCACCUCGUGUCUGGCAGCACAUGGUGGACGUUGGGACAAACGCUCGCUCGCAGACAUGACCAAGUUGGACAGUGUCCUGCGUGAGUCCCAGCGCAUCAACUCUUUCGCAACAACAUCCAUAAACCGCAUGGUCGUCAAUCCUGCCGGCAUUACCACCCCCUCCGGAGUUCACAUCAAACCAGGAGUCAUGGUCUGCGCGCCAGCGUAUCCCGUAUUCCACGAUCCUGCAAUUUACUCCCAUGCGGACGAAUUCAAACCUUUCCGAUUCGCAGAGCAGCGGGCUGCAGUUGCUCAGGAAGGCGCGUCGGCCACCCAGAAAGCUCGCACCGCCUUCACGACUGCGAGUCCAGAUUAUACCAAUUUUGGAUACGGGAAACAUGCCUGUCCAGGUAGAUUUUUCGCUGCUACAGCUCUAAGGCUUACACUCGCGUACAUGGUCAUGAAUUAUGACUUUGAGCUUCAGGACAAGCGGGCAGAGAAUUCAUGGUUCGCGAUGAACAGAAUUCCACCAGUCAGUGCAACAAUCAGGUUGCGGAGGCGUGUGGUCAGAUGA